AUGAGGAGCAUUCAGCUCGACUCGAGUUGUCCACCGACAUAUAGAGCCUGGAGCUCUCCCACUCCGCCAGAAUUUCACCCGUGGAAUGUCGACCGAGACUCACUACUACUUCAAUCCCGCCUGGAUUAUUUCAAAAUUGACUCCCACAUCCGGGGUAUCCUUGUCUGCUGUGCCAUCACUAAGAAUGUCGGGAUCCACGGGUUCUCGGGUCCAUCAAAGGCAUAUAGACAAUUUCUCGAUUUGAUGAAUCGACGGUUGAGCGAUAUCCACAAGUACUGGAUGUAUUUCCCGCUCAACAAAGAUGAAAUUAUCAAAGCAGCUUGGAUCCGGAAGGCGAGGUUUUCUGAAGUAGCUAUCAAUCCUAUCUUGAUAGUAAGUCAGCCGCUCUAG